AUGUUUCUAAUCAACGGCAUUGCUAACAAAGGAAAAAUUGAGAUAUUAGAUAUAGCUCUGAAACAACACUUCCACAAAAAUCAUCACUGGAUAUCGUUGCAUUCGAAACCAGUCACUGCAACAGUAGAACCAGACGCCUCAACCAUUUUGCCCGCCAGAAUGUUGAGUCUCUGGAAUCAACAUGGACAGAACAUCAACAUCAACAACAACUACAUAAACAACAACAUCAACAACAACAUCAAUAACAACAUCAAUAACAACGUCAACAACAACAGCAACAACCGCAACGUCAUCAUCAACAAUAUCGACAGUAACAUCAGCAUUAUAAGCGAGGUCAUCAACAACAACAUAAGCGAAGCAACACAACAUAUACAGCAACAUAAAGAAUUCAACAAGAGCGUCAACAACAACAACAAAGGCAAAAUCACCAUUCAUUUCAUGAAACGACCACACAUGCCUAUGUUACUGGGAGGUCAGAAACUGAACAGGAUGUUCAGAGAAAUGUAA